AUGCUAACGAGGAUCGGAGAAUGGCCUUUCAAUGCCUUCAUUCUGGAUAACGUGACUGGAGGGCAUGCACUGCCUGUAUUAUGUGUUCAUCUCUUCCAUGAAUAUGGCCUGAUACGGCACUUCCAAUUGGAUACCGUCCGUCUUUGGAAAUGCUUCUUGCUAAUAGAGGAGGGCUACCACGCCAGCAACCCUUAUCAUAACUCCAUCCAUGCCACGGACGUGACCCAAGCCAUGCAUUGCUAUCUGCAGGAGGAGAAGGUGCACGAACAUAUGACACCUUUGGAGUUGGCAGCCGCAUUGCUGGCGGCCGUGACCCACGAUCUGGACCAUCCAGGAGUGAACCAGCCUUUUCUCAUUGCUACCGCCAACCACCUCGCAUCCUUAUACAAGUUAGCUGUAAUUUUUCUUCCGGCCCUAGAGAAACCGCGACGUUCUCCUCAAUCGGUGGGUUUUAGAGCUCUUCAUUUGAAUGAUCACGUCCUGGAAAAGAAGUAUGCUUUUUCAUAUUACGAACGCUUCCGUACUGGAGAAUCAUCACUGGCGUUCUGCCAUUGGCUGUCUCCUCGAAAGCAACAUUUUCAGCGACUUGGACGCAGAAAGUUGGCCAUCCAUGACCUGGCAAAUCAGAUCCCUCAUCCUCGCAACGGAUAUCACCAGACAACAAGAGUUCAUAACCAGGUUCAA